AAGAGUACUGUCAGGCAUGUGUGUGAGUUACACCACCAUGUGACAUGGGCCAAGUGCCAAGCCAUUGCCAUCAGGUUGUGAAAUCCCUCCAAACCUGGAGAACUGGCCUGCAGGAGGAACAUCAUGGUUUCAAUAUGACCACAACAGUCAUUUGAGUAUUGCAAACACCAGCGCAGGUCAGCAUGGACUCUCCAGUGAAGGCUCAGAAGGCAAGGGUAGCUCCUGAUGGUGGCUACGCCUGGUUCAUCCUGUUCUCCUGCUUCCUGGUCUUUGGCCUGACUUUUGGGGUAAUUAAAGCCUUUGGUGUAUUCUAUGUUGAGAUACACCAGUACUUCAAAACCACAGCAACAGGAACAUCUUGGAUUACCUCUAUUGCGGUGGCUACCAUUCACAUUGUGGCUCCUGUAGCAUCUGUUCUGAGUGCUCGGUACAGCCAUCGCUCAGUAGUGAUAAUCGGAGGACUGAUGUGCAGCUUAGGAGUUGUGUUUGGGACGUUUGCUCGUAACCUGACUGAACUCUUCUUAACAGUGGGGUUCCUAAAUGGUUUCGGCUAUGCAUUGACAUGGACCCCCACUGUGACCAUGCUGGGCUUGUACUUUGAACAGAGGCGUCCAUUGGCAAACGCUUUGGCCAGUGCUGGAGAGUGCAUCCUUACCUUUGUCCUCACACCCCUGUUCCAGCUGUUGAUUGACAGCUACUCCUGGAGGGGUGCUUUGCUAAUCCUGGGGGGUCUACAGCUUAACCUGUGUGUAUGCGGGAUGUUACUGAGGCCCCUAACAGCCACCAGAGAUGUGACUUGUGAGAUCAAAGCAGAAGAAGAAGGCUUGUCCCUGGAAUUGCUACCAAAAAAAGAAUUUGAGCAGAGCAAACCAAGCUGCCUAGAAGCGGAGGAGCUGAGAAUAUCUAAGGGGGCUGAUCAGGGGACAAUGAAGCCAUGUCCUGUGGACCCUGAAGCGAUACCUGAUUUGACCAUGAAAUUGCAAGACUCAAACAAAAGGAAUAAGAGGUCUGAACUAAGGACCAAAAUCCUUCGCUACGUAGAUUACACCCUUAUCACCAAUGCUCGAUUCAUGGUCUACUCAAUGUUUGGGGUGUUUGCAGCACUGGGUUUCUUUGCUCCCGCUCUGUUCCUGGUUCCAUAUGCUCGUAGUAAGGGAAUUGAGGAGUACCAGGCAGCUGCACUCAUGUCCAUCUCUGCAGUGUUGGACCUGUUUGGAAGGGUGUUCUUUGGCUGGGUGGCAAAUUUGAGACUGGUGGUGACAGUGAAGCAGCUGACAGCUACAGUAAUUCUGCUGGGUACUGUGCUAAUCCUCUGCCCACUGACCUCCUCGUUCUCAGAGCUGGCUGCAUUCAGCGCAGCUUACGGCCUGGUGUUUGGUGCCACGGUCGCCAUCCACAUCACCGUGUUGGCUGAGAUUGUGGGCGUCAACAGGCUCGGAAGUGCCCUGGGGUUCUUCAUGCUCAUACGCAGUAGCGGAGGCCUGCUUGGACCGCCCAUUGCUGGAUUCUUAAUAGACAAGAUGAGUGAUUAUGGAACGGGCUUCCUCAUGGCAGGAGUGGCUCUCAUCGUCUCUGCUCUGUUCCUGCUCCUCCUCCAUCAGAUGAACCGUCAGAGUCAGAGGUCAACCACCCUAAACCACGAUAUGCAUACAGACAAAAUUGGACAAAGCGUCAAAGCUGAAGCCAAAGAGCUGGACAUGACAUGAACGACGGAAAAAUAGUCUCUGUUGCUGAUAAGACAAUGACAUCUGGAUCUUAAAAUCAAAGUAAAAAAAAAGACUGAAUAAGUGUUUUUUUCUAAUGGAGAAAUAAGACAGUGGAAGUCAGACGUCUAAAAGAUAUUAAAGGAAGCAAAUGUUGCGGAACAGGCAGAAGUCACACCUCAAGUGUUUUUACAAACCUAAGGAACUGUACAAAAAUGAAUGGUGGGGGAGGCAAGGUUUUUUCCUUCUGUUGAACAUUACUAAUAUGAUCAGUUCUGCAGGCGUCCCAAAGUCCCAUGUUCAUGAAACAAGAGCUUACUGGUAUUAUAGCAGUUAGUUUGCUCUUGUUUCAAAAAUAGAGAGUGGCUGGAAUAGUAGCUAAAUGUGAUGCAAAUUACUAAUUUAAUUUCUAAUGUGCGUAUUGGCUG